AUGAAAGAAGAGUUAUCUUCGAUAACAUACAACGAAGAGCUGGACACAAAGAAUCGCGACACCCUUGCCACUUACCAGCAUGAAGUUCAACAAAUGCAAAUAAAACUGAAUAUUCUGCAUCAGAAGAAUCCCCGUAUCCACUUCACCUACAAGGAUCCAUUUGUUGGAUUCAAUAGAGAUGACGUUCGAGGAUGUGUGGCUACUCUGUUCCGAAUCAAGGACCCAAAAUAUGCAUUGGCUCUUGAGAUCGCUGCAGGAUCAUUUGUGAGUUUUUUCCUUUCGGGGUGA